AUGGCUCGUAAAAAUAAAGAGAAUAAAAACAUGGCACUAUCAACCAUGUUGAGAGAUGAAGGCGAUAGCAGUGAAGACGACUACCGGCGUAAACGGGACAAAAAUAAUCAGGUAUGCUGUAGUUUAUGGUUGUAUAUUGUUAUGUCUUUAUUCAAUUUUUUUUAUUAAUUUAAUAGGCAGUUAAAAGAAGUCGAGUAAAAAGUAGAAUGCGCACACAACAGACAUUGCAACGUGUGAACCAAUUGAAAACUGAAAAUGAUAUGCUUGAGGAAAAAAUUAAACUUUUAAGUAAAGAAUUGGGAUUUUUAAAAGAAUUAUUCAUGGCACAAGCUGGUAAAUAUAUAGAUAUAUUAGUUUUAUAUUCCAAAUAUAUACGUUUUCUACAUUUUUCUUUCGGUAUAUUUUAGGCACAUCACAAAUUGAACUACCUAAAUCUGUUGACCUGAAAACAUUACUGAGUGACACUACAUCGGAUAUAUUGGAUAAUGAUUUAACAAAACCCCCAUCUUCGUCCUAA